UCAUAAAUGGUUACAACCUUAUUUACAUAUAUAUAAACCUGCACAUUGAACCAUUUUGGGCAAAGCAAAUUAAAACAGUAAAGAGAAAAACAGAUAGGAGUGAAGUGGGAAGAGAGAGAAAUGGGAAGAAGAAAGCUAAAAAUCCAAAGACUGGAAAGCAUGAAAGCAAGGCAGGCAAAAUAUUCAAAGCGCAAAGCAGGCCUUGUGAAGAAGGCAAAAGAACUUGCUAUACUAUGUGAUGUUGAUCUCGCUCUUUUGCUGUUCUCUCCAACCGACAAGCCAACACUUUUUGUUGGUCAGGACAAGGACUUGAGUAGUGUCGUUGAGAGACUAUCAAAUUUGACUUUGGGAGAACGUGAACAAAGGAGGGCCUAUACAAUGAAGCUGUUGAAGAAACUUUAUGCAAAUUCCAACUCCGAGGAUGAUCCUACAAACCUCUCCCAAGACAGUAGCAAUAGCCUGAAGUUACAUGAAGAUCAACUAAACGAGCUGAAGGAAAAACUUGCUGAGAAGAGCAGGAUACUAAGGGAAUGGAAAAACCCGAAUAAUGUUGAGGACCUGUCACAAAUAAAAAUCAUGGAGGAGCAUCUCAUUGCAUCUCUUAACAGAAUCAAAAACAAGAAGAGUCAAUUAGCAAAGGAACUGCAAAAGAGACCAGAAGGUUUAGAGGGGAGUACGGUGGACCUGGAAACUUAA